CAGCAGUCGGCAAGAUCGUGUUUAGGCCCGCACGCGCGUCCAACCCCGUUUUAGUUUCAGCUGUCGCAACUCCCAACCCCACGGACUCCACCACCCUUUCCCUUCCUCGUCACUUACGCCCAGCACCAACACACCCCUCUCUCUCUCUCUCUCUCUCUCUCUCUCUCAAUCCCUCUCAAUGGCUACUUCCACUCCCACUGACGAAGCUGCUUCUCCGCAUCCAGGCUCCUAUCCCCAGAUGAUAAUGGACGCGCUCGCGACCUCAACCCUAGACGGAGCGGAGGGCUUACCCAGAUCCGCGAUCUCGAAGCACGUCGACGCGGCGCGUGGCGGCGAUCUGUCCCCGUCGCACGACGCCUCGCUCGGGGCGCACCUCGCCCGCAUGGUCGAGGACGGGGAGAUCGUCCGAAUGCCCAACGGGAACUACGCGCCCUCCGCCGCCGCCGAUGACGCCGGGGCGCCGCCGAGGCGCGGCCGCGGGCGGCCGCCGAAGCCGAAGGCCCCCGGCCCUCGGCGGCCCCGCGGCCGGCCCCCGAAGCCGCGGGACCCGCUCGCCCCCGCCAAGGUGUCGAGGCCCCGGGGCCGGCCCCCGAAGAACGGCGCCGCGUCGACCGAGGCGGCAGAAACGGCGGAGGACGGCGCCGGGGCCAAGAGGCCGCGUGGCAGGCCUCCCAAGGUGAGGCCGCAGUUCGCGGAGGUCGGGUUUGUGUGAUCGGGAUUUUAGAUUUCUGUAAUGCUAACUUGGUGUUUAUGUGUUUUGUGUUGCUCUAAUUUAAGAAGAGGAAUCGAAGGAUCAAUGGCGGGUUUAUAACUUCGGUGCUUGUAAUUGUAGAAUGUGGUAGGGUUGGCUUUGUGGUGUGCUUUGCUUUGUUGUGGAAGAAUGCAGAUGUGAUGAAUUCGGUGGAAAGGUGUUAUCUUGUGUUCUGAUCUCUAAUUUAAUCUGAGUUAUCUUGUGUUCUGAUCUCUAA